UCUCAGUCGGUCCGUUUCCCAUUCGUUUCGCCCUCGCCACGACCAUGGCAGUACCUCCUUCGCACGACAUUAAGCAACUGCUUGAUCUACACCCAUCAUCGAAUGAACUUGCGGGGCAUAUAUCCGCCUUGGCCGCACUGGUCUCGAAACCCGACUCUACCAUUCCUGAAGUAAAGUCCUACUCCGACGCGGUCUACUUCAACUACUUCGUGCUCGGGCUCAGCUUACUCUUCAAGCCAGUCAAUGGUUACAAGCCCAAGACUGGGCUGAAGCGGGAGGAGCUGCGCGACUCCGAUCUCGUACUGGACGGCAUCGACAUUUACAAUGUCAUCAAGCUGUCGAAGCCAGGGACCGCGAAGCCGUUCGCCGCGUACCCCAUGUCCCCGCUCGUGCUCUCACUGUCAUCUCAGCCUCCUGAGGAGAAAGACGCGCAGCCGCGUCCUUCUCAGUUCGAGGUCAAGUCUGAGACGACGGGCCAAGAAUUCGUCGCCAGCAUGGGCGAGCCGGACCGGAAGGGCGGCGGUGCAGGGCCAUCCUCUGGGUCGAUCGGAAUAUGGUGUGAAUGGUCGAAAGAUGGUGUCAUGGUCGAGUUUGGUGGCGAAGAGAGUAGGGGCCCACAGGCUUGGGAAAGAGGGAAGGACGCGGUCUGGAAGGUCAUCUCGGUAUUCCCGCCUGGUGGGUCUACUUGAUAGGAUUGGGACAAGUUCACACCGUUGUCCUCCUGCUUACUCUCCGCCCUCGUAAAGACCAGGCCGUGUUCCUCUGUGUCCGGCGUCCAUCCAAUCCUCAACCA